CUAUCUAAAACCCCAAAUAGGAGAGUAGAGAGAGAAAGGCAUUAGGUUAGGGAAAUUAAAAAGGAAAAGAGGAAUAAACAAAGCAGUGGUGAGGUUUCCAUUUUAUUGUUAAGGAAGAUCUUGUUGUUCUUGCUGUUCUUCAUCAUCUUGUUGUUCCUCCUCCCACUUCCCCAAAACACCACAAACAGCCGCCAAAAAUGGGGAGAGGAAGAGUUGAACUGAAGCGAAUAGAGAACAAAAUCAACCGCCAAGUCACUUUCUCCAAGCGCCGUAAUGGUCUACUCAAAAAAGCUUAUGAACUCUCUGUUCUUUGCGAUGCUGAGGUCGCUCUCAUCAUCUUCUCCAGCCGCGGCAAGCUCUAUGAAUUCGGCAGCGCCGGUACGACCAAGACACUGGAGCGAUACCAACGUUGUUGCUUCUCUCCUCAAGACAAUUACAGCGAACGAGAAUCCCAGAACUGGUUCGUGGAAAUCUCGAAACUGAAAGCUAAAUAUGAAUCGCUAUGUCGCACUCAUAGGCAUUUGCUUGGGGAAGAUCUUGGACCAUUGAGUGUUAAGGAGCUCCAAAAUCUUGAAAAGCAACUUGAAGCAGCUCUUGCUCAAGCUAGACAAAGGAAGACUCAGAUGAUGACUGAGCAGAUGGAAGAUCUACGCAGAAAGGAACGACAACUCGGAGAUCUGAAUCGAGAGCUGAAGCUCAAGCUCGAGACAGAGGGACAAAAUCUUAAAGCCAUCCAAAGUUUUUGGAGCUCAAGUUCAUCAGCUGCUGAACAUGGCAACACCUUCCCGUUGUAUCCUUCACAAGCUAGCACCAUCGAGUAUCAACACGAACCUAUCUUACAAAUCGGGUACCAAAAUUAUUUCUCAGAAGAGGGGCCAUCUGUUCAUAUGGGUUAUUUGAAUUCCACUUAAAAAAAAA